AUGGGAGCCCUUCUUUCUUUGCUGCGCUCGGAGUACAAGCAAAAGGGAGUGAGAAAAAUUCGAUCAAGGAGUACAAGUGAGCAGGGGUUGAUGAAUUCGUCGAUGCGAGAACGUCAUCUUGAUUCUGGAAGCAACAGCAGCAUUAACAACAAUAACAAUAGUUUUGAAAGUAACGAUCGUUCAGCUCGAGAAGUUGUUUUUCCAGAUUCAUUCGAGGUUUUGCCUCAACCUAGAGAUCUGAGUGUUAUUUAUAUGGGCGUUCCUCACGAACAACAAAGGAAAUUUAGGUGCAGAUUUUGUGGUAAAGGAUACCGCUGGAAAAGCACAAUGCGUCGUCAUGAAAUGGUCGAAUGUGGUGGAAAACCACCUGCAUUUCAGUGUCCGGAGUGUCCUUAUAAAGCAAGACAAAGGGGCAAUCUCACAGUUCAUUAUAAAAGACAUCAUCAGAAAGCUGGUGUUUUCGAAGAAAGUCAACACGAAACUCAUGAAACAAUUUAA